GUCAUCACGCAGCGCCCGGCGCGUGCGCAGUGCCGGGCCAGGCCUGAGGAGGCGGCGAAGCCCCGGGACGGGCCCGGGAACAGCGGGAAAAACGGGAAAAAAACGGGAAAAAAGCGGGGAAAACGGGAUAAUCGGGAUAAUCGGGAUCAGCACAGCGCACUCCCCACCGCAGUUAUGGUGUUUUACUUCACCUCCAACGGAGGGAAAAGCGGGAAUUUCCCAGGAAUUCCAGGAAUUCCAUGGAUUCUGACCCGGCAUUCCCGGUUUUCCAGCCGCUCCCGCCGCCUACACCAUCUACAUGGGCAAGGACAAGUACGAGAAUGAGGACCUGAUCAAGUACGGCUGGCCCGAGGACGUCUGGUUCCACGUGGACAAGCUCUCCUCGGCUCACGUCUACCUGCGCCUGCACAAGGGCCAGACCAUGGAUGACAUUCCCAAGGAAGUUCUGAGUGACUGCGCCCACCUGGUGAAGGCCAACAGCAUCCAAGGCUGCAAGCUGAGCUCGGUGUCGGUUGUUUACACCCCCUGGAGCAACCUGCGGAAAACUCCGGACAUGGACGUGGGGCAGAUCGGAUUCCACCGGCACAAGGACGUGAGUGACGGGAACAGCGGGAACAGCGGGAAUCUGGGAAACAACCACGGGAAUCUGGGAAACAGCAGUGGGAAUCUGGGAAACAACCGCAGGAAUCUGGGAAACAACCACGGGAAUCUGGGAACAACCGCGGGAAUCUGGGAAACAACAACGGGAAUCGGGGAAACAACCACGGGAAUCUGGGAACAACCGCGGGAAUCUGGGAAACAACCGCAGGAAUCUGGGAAACAACCACGGGAAUCUGGGAACAACCGCGGGAAUCUGGGAAACAACAACGGGAAUCGGGGAAACAACCGCGGGAAUCUGGAAACAGCAGCAGGAAUGACAACAGCGGGAACAACAGCGGGAAUCUGGGAACAAUGGGAAUGGGAACAGGAAUAACAACGGGAAUGACCCCGGGAAUAACAACGGGAAUGACCCCGGGAAUGACCCCGGGAAUAACCCCGGGAAUCUCAGGAAUGUGGGAGUGCUGGAACCUCAGGAAUGGUGAUUGGGAAUCCGGGAAUCAGGGGAUCUGUUUGGAAUUGGGACCCCCCAAUUCCCAGGAUUUUUUUUUGGGAAUUCCCGUUUCUCCGGGAGCCGUCGCUGCCGGCGGAUCGGAGCAGCCUCAAAUUCCGCUCUCAUUCCCAGGAAUACCGGGAAAAAUGGGAAUAACGGGAUUGGAAAUAGCGGGAAUAGCGGGAAUAAAGGGAUUGGGAAUAAUGGGAAUGGGAUGGGAAUAGCGGGAAUAUUGAGGAAAUUCAUGGUGGGAAGGACGUUAUUCCCAUUUUUCCCGGUUUUCCCUGGAAUUCCAGGAGCGCACACCCCCGGCUGGCCACAGCACCACCAAUUCCCAGCCCCAUUCCCAUUUUUUAUCCAUUUUCCCUGGUUUUCCCUGGAAUUCCAGGUGCACAACACCUCUGACUCCUUCUCUAAUUCCCGCUCUAAUUCCCGGCAUUCCUGCUGUUAUUCCCAUUUUUCCCGGUGCGCUGGCUGACGGUGGAUCAGCACACCGUGAUUCCCGGUCCCAUUCCCAGUGUUUUUCCUGGUGUUUUUCCAGGUGUUUUUCCAGGUGCACUCACUGCUGGUGGAUCAGAACAGCCUCAAUUCCCGCUGUAAUUCCUGUUUUUUUCCAGUGUUAUUCCCAGUUUUCCAGGUGCACUCGGUGACAGUGGAUUGGCAGGCUGUGAUUCCUGCUCUCAUUCCCGUUUUUCCUGUUGUCAUUCCCGGUUUUCCAGGUGUGCUCGGUGAUGGUGGAUCAGCACACCGUGAUUCCGGCUGUAAUUCCUGGUGUUUUUCCCAGUGUUUUUCCGGGUGUUUUUCCAGGUGCACUCAGUGACGGUGGAGCGGCAGGCCGUGACUCCGGCUGUAAUUCCCGGUGUUUUUCCAG